AUGUCAGAUACAGAAGAAACUACGGAAGACCCAUUCCCAGCUAAGGUUGAACUCCAUGUUCAUCUGGAUGGAGCAGUCCGCACACAAACAUUGCUUGAUAUUGCCAAACGGCGAGAGAUUGAUCUGCCUGAGAAAACUAUCGAAGAACUUGACAAGAAAGUGAAAAUAACAAAAGAAGAAGGGUUGGAUAAAAUGUUGGAUGCUUUUGACUACUUCUUACCAAUUAUAAGGGGAGAUAAGGAGGCUUUGGAGCAGAUCGUCAGUGAUUUCUGUGAAGAUUGUGCCAAACAAAAUAUCUAUUAUGCAGAAGUACGCUUUGCACCUCAUAUCCUUGUUGAUCCUAAUUCAGAGACAGAACGUUGUCGGCAAGUGCGUGACAUUGUUAGAAUUGCAACGGAUGCACUUAAGGAAGGCUGCAAGAAAUAUAGCAUCAAAUUGAGAUUGAUACUUUGUUGCAUGCGAAAUCAACCAGAAAAUGCUUAUGAAGUCCUUCUGUUGUGUGAUGAAUUCCGUAAUGAUUAUGUGGUAGGAAUUGAUAUUGCUGGUGCUGAGUUCCUCACAGAUGCAGAAAGUCCACUAAAAACUGUAUUUCAGGAAGCCCAUGACAUUGGAAUCCAUCGUACUGCACAUGCUGGUGAAGUAGGCGCGUCAGAAAAUGUUAGAGAGGCAUUGGAUGAAAUGCAUGCUGAACGCAUUGGUCAUGGCUACCAUGUAAUAGAAGAUGAAAAACUUUAUGCUAGAGUUAAGGAAGACAAGAUACAUCUUGAAAUAUGUCCUUCCUCCAGCUUUAGGACAAAAGCUUUCCAAGGAGAUGUUAAGAGUCAUCCAAUGAAGAAGUUUGCUGAUGAUGGCAUCAACUUUUCUUUAAAUACUGAUGAUCCUUGUGUCUUUGCUACAAACUUGAAUAAGGAAUAUGCAAUUGCAGAGGAGGCUGGAUUGAGUAAAGAACAAAUCAUAAAAUCUUUUUUCAAUGCUGCUCAAUCCUGUUUCUUGCCUGAUGAUGAACGAAAAGAGCUUGUGAAACACCUGCACAGUGUCUAUGGCAAUGAUUCUUUAUGGGCCGUGUCCUCUUAG